CCUGAGGAAGCAGGAGAUGGACACCAUCAUGCUCAGACAGAAGCAGCUGGAAGAGACAAACCGUCAGCUGUGUGAUCGAGCAGGUGAUCUCCGCAGGAGCUUGAGGGACCUGGAGCUGUCUGAGGAGAAGUACGCUGAGCUGAAGGAGCUGCCUGAGGACAAACUCACCAUCCCUGAAUAUGUGGCAAUUCGGUUCUACGAGGUUGUGACCCCUCUGAGGGCUCUUGUGACUGAGCUGCAGGUGAAAAAGUCUAACCUGAACGAGGAUCUGGACAGCUAUCGUAACCAAAUUAGAUCACUAAUGGAG